AUGAAGUUCAUAACCAUAGGAACUCUUUUAGCCUUUUCCGGCUUAGCUGCUGCUGGACAUUUGCAUCAUGGUAGCGCUACCAGUUAUACUGUAGUGACUAAACAUAAAACCGAUGGUCAUCAUGGAUGGUCUGGGCAUGAUAGUGAUAGUCAUGGUUGGUCUGGAAGUUCCGUCAGUCAUGGUUGGUCUGGCCAUGGUGAAGCUGGUCAUGAUUUGUCUGGACAUGAUGGUAAGGGCACAAGUCAUGGCUGGUCUGGCCAUGAUUUACCAGAACAUGACGACGAUAGCCACGGUUGGUCAGAUAAAGUCGUAAGUCAUGGUUGGUCCGGACAUGGUGACGAUAUCCUCAUUUCUUCGGGACAGAACGAUGAUAGCCACGGCUGGUCGGGUCAUGAAGAAAAUCACGGUUGGGCUGGCCAUGACGAAAGCCAAGGACAUGGCGAUUCGGAGCAUCAUGACUAUCAUUCUCAUCCCAAAUACGAAUUCAAAUAUGGUGUUAAGGAUUCUAAGACCGGUGAUAUUAAGGAUCAAUGGGAACAACGUGAUGGUGAUAGUGUCAAAGGUGGCUACUCCUUGAAAGAAGCUGAUGGCACCAUUCGCGUGGUUGACUACCAUGCCGACAAACACAAUGGUUUCAAUGCUGUUGUCAAAAAAAUAGGUCAUGCGCAUCAGCCCGAACAGCACCAUAGUCAUCACCAUGGAAGUUGGGAGGGUGGCCAUUCUGAUCAACAAGAUCACGGUCGUGGUUACAGUGGACAUAGCAGCUACGGUGGAUCUCAUUCACAUUAA